AUGACAGCAAGAACUAUCGACAAUGAAUGCACAGCUUGUGGCUGGUCCACCGAGAAACAGAAGCGGUGUCAUUAUCCUAGUCACAUCAAACUCUUCUAUGGGGCCUCCCAGCGUGGAGUAUGGGCCAUUGGUUCGGAUGUUAUCUUGAAAGACCGUCCGAAUGGGCCUCCUAAAACCGAAGUCAAAACAAUAGAAUACCUCGCGCAUCACACAGAGAUUCCGGUCCCAACAGUUUUGCGCGAGUGGGUUGACAAUGAAAACCGGUAUAUGAUUCUUAUGGAACGAGUGAAACGUCAAACUCUUGAAGACGCUUGGCCUACGCUUUCUCAAGAUGAGAAAGAAACUAUUGCUGAUCAGGUGGCUGCAGCUUUGGGCCAACUGCGGUCAUUUGAGUCAGCGUCUAUGCAAGACAUUGACCAAGGUCCGAUCUACUCGGGGUGGCUAUUUGGGGAUCCUAAGAAGCCUUUUGGGCCCUUCAGCUCUGAUUCCGAAUUGUGGGAUGGCCUGCGUCACUGGCUUCACCAACCAUCUACCAAGGUGUUUCCAGAACGUGCGUUGGCAGCCUUCAGGAAGCGCUUGCCUAAUUGCCGUCCUUAUGUCCUCACUCAUGGCGAUCUAAACCUGGGGAACAUUAUGGUUGAAAACGGCAGGCUUACUGGAAUUCUUGACUGGGAAUAUGCGGGAUACUUUCCUGUUUGGUGGGAAUAUGUUGCGCUUCACAUUGGGUUGUCUGAGACGGAUGCGGAGUGGAAGAAGCUGGUUCGUCAACGCAUUGAACCUCAUGACGAUGGCAAACAGUUUUGGCUUGAUUUGUACUCGCUACGUGACUAUCCAAACCUGGACGAGGAUGGCCAGAAACUCUUGAAGGAACUAUCCUCUGAUAACUAG